AUGGGGGGGGGUGGUGGUGGUGGGAUCAAAGCCGUGAAGCUGCAACCCCCCUUUACUGUCCAGCAAGGUGUAGAGCCAGCUCCACCUAAAAGGCCAGCUGAAGUAGGGGAGACAAUGGCAGAGAUAGUGCAGAUCACCGUUAGUGACCAAUCAGAGGGAAUGUCUCCCCUUCGGCUUCCUUCUCCUACCCUUCUUAUGCAUGUCGACGAUCCCUCUAUCCCUGGUACCCUUCUCAUCUAUCCCGGCGGGACCGAGUCUGGGGAGCUUGAUGAGAUCCUUGGUGUUGGUGAAGGGUCUCUCAGAAGGCAUCAGUCUUAG